ACUACUGGUCAGCAAGAUGUUUGAGUUGUAAGCAUAACCUUACAGUUUAAUUGCUAGAGGCUAUUUACUUACAAACAGUGGUUAAAAAAAAAAAAAAAAAAAAAAAAAAAAAGGCAGUCCAAUUUAGUUAUAUCAAUGUGCACCAACAGCCCAACACUGGCGCGGUUUACGGUUUAGGUAAUUUCUUCAUUCUUGAUGUGUCUUCUUUCUCCCCAAUUUGGAAUGCCCAAUUAUUAUUUGUAUCCCUGUUCACCACUGCAACCCCCUGGCGACUCUGGAAACGGAGGCUGGAACUUGUGCUCCUGCCAAUACGUCAUUUUUCGCACUGUGGAUCCACAGCGAGGCCACCAGACCUAUAGUGCCGGAGGACAACACAGAUCUGAUGGCUCCACUGCAGAAUCGCAGGCGCCCUAUUGGCCACAGGGUUCGCUGAGGCCAAGCCUGAAAAUGACCAGCGUUCCUCUGGUAAUAGUGGUGGAGGUGGUGCAGCAGGAGGAGGUGGGGGAGGCAAGAGAGGAAGCAGGAAGGACAAAUCCACAUGGUGGGCCAGGUUGCAGAAGGGAGACAUUCCUUGGGACGACAAGGAGUUUCGUUUGUACUUCAUGGGAAGUGCAGCGUUCUGGGCUGCAGUCUCAUACUACUUCUUCUGGAACUCGGGGAGAGAAGUUACAUGGAAGGACUUUUUGAAUAAUUAUCUCUCCAAGGGAUUUGUAGACCGAUUAGAAGUGGUAAACAAGCGAUAUGUGAGAGUGAUAUUUACACCUGGAAAAUUGCCUGUCGAUGGGCAAUACGUCUGGUUCAACAUUGGCAGUGUGGACACUUUUGAACGAAACCUGGAAACUGCACAGCUGGAGCUGGGAAUUGAGGGGGAGAAUAAACUACCUGUAGUCUACGCUACUGAGAGUGACGGCUCCUUCCUGUUCAGCAUGUUGCCUACUGUGCUUAUCAUUGGCUUCCUCCUGUACACUCUGCGGAGGGGUCCCACUGGGGGCGGGAGGUCCGGCCGGGGGAUGGGAGGUCUUUUCAGCGUGGGGGAGACGACAGCCAAAGUCUUAAGGGAUGAGAUUGACAUCAAGUUCAAGGACGUGGCCGGGUGUGAGGAGGCAAAGCUGGAGAUCAUGGAGUUUGUUAAUUUCCUCAAAAACCCUAAACAGUACCAAGACCUGGGGGCGAAAAUCCCUAAGGGUGCUAUUCUGACUGGACCUCCAGGCACUGGGAAGACCCUUUUGGCUAAAGCUACUGCAGGAGAGGCCAAUGUCCCCUUCAUCACAGUCAACGGCUCUGAGUUCCUGGAGAUGUUUGUUGGAGUUGGUCCAGCUCGGGUGCGAGAUUUAUUUGUAAUGGCCCGUAAGAAUGCCCCUUGCAUCCUCUUCAUUGAUGAAAUUGAUGCCGUGGGAAGGAAAAGAGGGAGAGGGAACUUCGGGGGACAGAGCGAACAGGAGAACACCUUGAACCAGCUGCUGGUGGAAAUGGAUGGAUUUAACACAGCAACAAACGUAGUGGUCCUGGCGGGCACCAACAGACCUGACAUCCUAGACCCAGCUCUAAUGAGACCUGGCCGAUUUGACAGACAGAUCUACAUUGGACCCCCUGAUAUAAAAGGGAGAGCAUCUAUUUUCAAAGUCCAUCUACGGCCACUAAAACUGGAGCUCAGUCUAGACAAGGAGGGUUUAGCAAGGAAAAUGGCUGCGUUAACCCCAGGAUUUUCAGGUGCAGACAUCGCUAACGUGUGUAAUGAAGCUGCAUUAAUCGCUGCAAGACAUCUCUCAGAUGCCAUCAACCAAAAGCACUUUGAGCAGGCUAUUGAAAGAGUAAUAGGAGGUCUGGAAAAAAAGACUCAGGUCCUUCAGCCAACAGAGAAGAAAACCGUGGCCUACCAUGAGGCCGGGCAUGCAGUAGCAGGCUGGUUCUUGGAGCACGCGGAUCCCUUAUUAAAGGUUUCCAUAAUCCCUCGUGGGAAGGGGCUGGGCUAUGCGCAGUACCUGCCUAAAGAACAGUACCUGUACACCAAAGAGCAGCUCCUUGACAGGAUGUGCAUGACUCUGGGAGGAAGGGUGUCGGAAGAGAUAUUUUUUGGUCGAAUUACUACCGGAGCACAGGAUGACUUGAAGAAGGUCACGCAGAGUGCAUAUGCUCAGAUUGUGCAGUUUGGAAUGAAUGAAAAGGUGGGUCAGGUGUCCUUUGAUCUUCCUCGGCAAGGAGAAAUGGUACUGGAGAAACCCUACAGCGAGGCCACUGCCAGACUGAUCGACGACGAAGUGCGCAUCCUUAUAAACACUGCCUAUGAGCGCACGCAGAAGCUCUUGACAGAGAAAAAAGCCGAAGUUGAAAAGGUUGCACUAAGACUUUUGGAAAAAGAGGUGCUUGAUAAGAAUGAUAUGGUUGAAUUAUUAGGAGGCAGGCCCUUCGCUGAGAAAUCUACUUAUGAAGAAUUUGUGGAAGGUACAGGCGGCCUUGAUGAGGAUACAACACUUCCAGAGGGCCUUAAAGACUGGAACAAAGACCGUGAAAAAGAAAAGGAAGAGAGUACGGAUGAGCAGAUUGCACGACAGAUCACCAGAGGAAUGCCAUUCUGAAUGGCAGUAUUGUACAGUAUCUCCACGCUGCAAUGCAUUUAAAAACCUGCUUUUAAUGCAGUCUUGGGUUUAGUUAACCCACAAGCCAAACAAACAUUCAUGCAUGCAGCUGGCUGUCAGCUUUGUGCAACAACUGCUCAUACCAGAAGUUAUUAUUAUUAGAGAUCACAGCUGCUAAGAACCUUACAACACUGCGAGUGGAUAACUUUCUAGUUAAAGCUGGCAGAGUGCAGUGUCAUCCACAUGUUGGUUUUUAUAACCAAACGAGAGUGGUGUGGCAAUAUAUUUUUUUUAAUGAACAAGUAAGCUAUAUACAUCAUUUGCAAUUUAUUGAUGGAAUGAUACUGCAGCUUUAAAUAUAGACAUGUAAGAUAUUACAAUGUUGAAUGUAUUUGUUGAUUGUGUAAAUACUUUCUUUAUCAUUUAAAUAUUGUGGCUGUGAGUUGUCACUAAAUAAUGGAGACAAUCAUUUUUUGCUGCGUUACUAGGGAAAUAUAUAAGUCUACCUGGGACUUCUUGGUCAACAGAUCAAAGUGUAUCACGUAAUGCACUUUUUUUUUUCUUUUUUUGUAAUUAGGACUUUUUUGGUAAUGUUUGGAACAUUAAAACAAGUGAAUAAACUACACCUUGAGUUUUCAUUUAGAAAGUACUAUUCAUCUAAUUGACAAGUUGGAUGAGGGAGGUACAAGUUUUAAACUGAUAUGCAGCGCACCGUUUUAAUUCGUACAGCAGAGGGUAAUUCCUUCUCAUCAACUUCAGUCUCCAAAUAAUUUCAUGAGUCUUCCUCUCCUUUCUCAAAUGCACAAACCAGCUGCAUUGAAAUAAUCCAUUCCCAACAUAGGAGGCUUGUUGCUAGGGAGCUGACGUCACUGCUUUGUGACUUUUGCUAGUGCAUUGCUGCCACACGUGAACACCUCGUUGGCUGAAAUAAAAACCGCUUCAACAAGUAGAUAUUUAAUUUGCUUUGUGUUAUUGUGCAAUACGUGUGUAUAUGAUAACAGUACGAUAUUAAUGAUUUGUUUUUAAUUGUUUUGUAUAUUGUUGUUUGUGAUGUGCAGUACGAAAUAAAACACAGUAAUUCUAAG